AAAUACAUAUUUAUUUCUGUAAAAACCAAUACCGGUUUAAUAAGAACGGAUUAAUAAAUAUUCACAAACUCAGUCGUUGUUUUGAACUGUAAGAGGAUGACCAUGAAGUCUUAUGUGGUUGUGAGUUUUUUACUUAUUUGUGUUCAUACGUGCUAUUCCGCUGACAGUGAAACUUUAUUGUUAUUUACACCAAAAGAAAACUCUUUUAACUACACCUUUCUCGGCUUGGAUUCCGACCAUUUUAGCUUUGAGGUGGAAGCAACCAACGACGUCCAUGUGGGAUUGUUCACCAAAACCGAGGCCACCCCGCCUUGGUACGAAAUCGUGAUAGGGGGUUGGAGUAACACCAAAUCCGUUAUAAGAAAGGAUAAAACCGACGAACACGGUUAUAUAGUUGUGACCAGUCAAACUUUGGGUAUUCUGGACCCGAAGAAGCCCAACAAAUUUUGGGUUAGGAUUUCCAAACGCACCAUUGCUUGUGGAUUUAAAGGAGAUCCAGAUCCGUUUAUCGCUUGGAGAGAAAGCGAUGCUUUGCCUGAUAUUACUUAUGUUGGAUUCCACACUGGUUUUGGUUCAACUGGCAAAUGGAAAGUACGCAUACCAAGACUAUACGAUGAAGAUGCUAAAUAGACAAAAAAUAUUCAAAUAAUAAAAAUGUUAUAUAACUUAUAAAUUGCAAUAUUAGAAUAUUUUGUAGAAUAAUUUUGUAGCUUUGUAGGAACAAUAAAUGCCAUGUAGAACAUUAUUAUAAACACCAAAUACUUAAAUAGCAUUCAUAGACCAGAUUAAAGAUUUGCAUAUUCUAAUUCAAU